AUGGCUAAGGAUAUCGAAAUAUCGACCUCAGAGUCCAAGUUUCUGAUAGAGACUCUCAGACAAGGAUUACGUCAAGAUUUGAGAAAAUUUGAAGAAAUUCGAGAAGUGGGCAUCGAGUUUGGCAAAGAUUAUGGAGAUGUGACGGUUACAAUGGGGAAAACCAAGGUUCACUGUCGCAUUAGCUGCAGUAUUGCACAACCUUAUGAGGAUCGUCCUUUUGAAGGACUUUUUUACAUAUCCACGGAAACUUCGCCAAUGGCUGGCGCACAGUUCGAGAACGGUAACAAUACGGGCGAAGACGAAGUUCUAUGCUCGAGAAUAAUAGAAAAGGCUGUACGGAGAUCUGGUGCAUUGGACGUUGAAGGUCUGUGCAUCGUAGCUGGAAGCAAAUGCUGGGCUGUGAGAGCGGACGUCCAUUUUUUGGACUGUGAUGGUGGAUUUAUAGACGUCAGUUGCAUAGCUGUGAUGUGUGGUCUUUUACAUUUCCGGAAACCUGAUGUGACGGUUGCUGGCGAACAUAUCACAGUUCAUUCCAUGGACGAACGCGAACCAGUGCCUCUUGGGGUGCUACAUAUUCCCAUCUGUGUUACAUUUUCGUUCUUUAAUCCGGAGGACGCUGAAGAGAAUAUCAAAGGCGAGUCGAACAAAGAGAUCUGCAUUAUAGAUGCCACGCUCAAAGAAGAGCUACUGAGGGACGGUACACUAACUGUGACGCUCAACAAGAACCGUGAAGUUGUGCAGGUUUCGAAAGCGGGAGGGCUUCCUAUGGAUGCUCUCACAUUAAUGGACUGCUGUCACAAGGCAUUCAACAUCACCGAGACGUUGACAGAUCAAAUAACAGCUAAGCUCAAGCAGGAUUUCGAGGCAAGAAACCAAUAUGCUGCGAUGCUCAGCUCCGAAAACACCAGAGUCUCAUGA